GAAAUCAAAAGGGCUCAUCACGUGAUCAUGGCGGGGAUUUUCAGCUCAAGCUUUCAGUGUCGUUCGGCGUACUUUUCUGAUAUUUGACAAUAUUCAUAGGCAGUAUUUGCCGGCUUUAUCACAGAUUUUCUCUUCUAUAAUUGUUUGCGAGACCUCUGUGGUGAUCUGAAAGUGUUUCUUUUACAGAUAUGUCGCUGGAGGACCCGUUUUUCGUAGUCAAAGAGUAAGUGAACUAGCCAUCUAUAAAUUUGGAUUUUCAGGAUGUGUGUUUCCGUAAACGACGUUUGUCUGAUGAACGGGGGUAAAAAUGAAGGAGAUUGAUUGGGUAAACUGUCGCAGUUAUGGUCUGAAGACUGUGUAAUCUUUGCACACCACUGGUUUCUGUUUUAUGCUCAUCGAUCGCUGUUUUUUUUCGAACAGCUGCUGUGUUCUGAGUACGUGUAAAUUCCUGUGAUUGAUUUCAGAUGUUCGGUGUGUUCGGAAGUUAAGUUUGGCAAUAAAUCAGAUGUCGGUGGAGUAGAAGUUUGCAAUUUUACCUUUCCUAGCUUAUAUUUCUUGUGAUAUUAACCACAGGUUUCUUACAGACCGAUUAUAAUAAAAGCUUCCAUUGGGUAUUUUUUAAAUACCUCUCAGUAUUUUUACAAUGUUGUUGGUACAUGUAUAUGUAAAUGAGCUGUCAGUUUCUAGGAAUAUUUUUAGAUGUCUGUCCUUACAUUACCAUUGUUGCUAUUAUUAACAAAUACUUCCUACCUUAAAGUAGGACUUACAACACUUGUCUAUCACAUGCUCACGAGCAGUAAGCCACUUGGGACGCCUCUAUACUUUGACUUUUAAAUAAUUUGUCUACGAAGAACAUAUAAAAAAAACAAAGAAAAACAAAGAAAAAUCACUAAACUGAAAAUGAAACAGUAGACUAAACACGGUUUGCAAACUUAAUGUCUAAUUAUGUUUUAUAAACAUUUUUAUAGGACUUAUAGGAGCAGAAAAAGGUUUUGUUGAUGACUGAUGUAAUCAUCGAAGGCUUAUAAGGCCCCUAACGAAACAAAGGCAAAUUAUACCAUAAAUUUGAUAGUAAAUAGAUUUCCAUAUGUAAAUUAUAACUAUUAUCCCCAAGUGGCAUACUGCUCGUGAGCAUGUGAUAGAAAAGUAAGAGAUCUUGAAUAUAUUAUCGUGCGAGAGGGUUUUCAUUGCAGUUGAAAAUUGGAUAGCGAGGUGUUCUCGAACUAGCGGGCUUAUUUUGCCUCAGAACGAGAACCUUUGAAGCUAAAAACUGCCAAGCGGUUUCUGCAGAUGCUGUGUUUUGUUUUCUUAAUAUUUUUGUCAAAAAUGAACAGACAAGUGCAGAGUAAGUUGGAUAAAUAGAAUAUAUUUAAUUUCAAUGCGCAUGUAGCAGAAAGUUGGUUGUAUUAAAGCACUAACUGUGUUUGCGGUAGUUGUGCAAUAACUCAUUUUCUUCCAACAAUGCUUUGGGUAAGAACAACGUUUCAGUUAAGAGGUAGUUUGUCAUCUCUCUUCUGCUAUUUGUGCAUUUACGUUCUCAAAUGUGUUGGCCUAUCAUUUUAGCAUUAAAUUUGACCAACAUUUUGUGGAGUGAUUUCUAUGGUCACGAUUGCCUUCAAACUUGCAGACAUAAAACUAGAAAGCUCUGAGGCUUAUUUGCUGAAGUUAGGGAAAAAUCUGUCGUGGGAUUUUGAAGUUUUUUUCAUUUUUCAUAAAAAUGAGGUUUUAAUUAUAUGCCGAUAUCUCAAAAGUUUUUAUAUCUAUAAGAAAAUAAAGAACAUUUUUUUAAAGUUCCAUCAUUAUUUAUUAAGGAUGCAAAAAAUUGUAGAAAUUGGUUGAAUUUUUCAUUCUGAAAAACACGAAUCAAAAACAUAACCAACACGCAUAUAAAUAGGAACGGGCCACCUUAAGCUCCCUAUUUGCCUGUUCCUUAGUGAUUUUUCUGUCAAUAUCUGCACAUUUACAUUUAGUUGUUAUUCUACUUGGUUUUAUUUACAUGUAGUUUCUUGAAUUUGCAAGGUAACAGUUGACUGUUUUUUACCUUACAGCAAAAUUAACAUAAAUAUUGUGGGCUUUGUAACACCUAGCGUUAACAAAAUUUAACGGUCCACAAUACUUAACAGUAAACAUAAAAGCGCUCUUGUUACUUAUGAUGGCCUUUCUUUUUGUACAAUGACCUGGGGUGUGUAUUUACAUCAAGUAUUACUUUAUUUAUUUUACAGGGAGGUGCAAAAAGCAGUUAAUAAUGUUCAGACACUGUACAGGAGAUGGCAAGAUUUAUUAGAUAAUCCAAGAACUGUAGGCAAAGAUGAAUAUAAUUGGACAACAAAUGAACUACGUAACAAUCUGAGGAGUAUUGAAUGGGAUUUGGAAGAUCUGGAUGAAACAGUAGGGAUUGUUGAAGCAAACCCAAGAAAAUUUAACAUUGACAUCUCAGAAGUAAAUCAGAGAAAGCUAUUUAUAAAACAGACAAGGGACAGUGUGAAUAACAUUAAAGAGCACAUGAACAGCCCUUCAGCUAAAGCAAAAGUUGAGAAUUCAUCAAGAGAUGUAAGCUACUUUUAUUAGUUUUCAUAAGGUUAAAAAAGUAUUGAACCUUUUUAUAUACUUCUGUGGUAAACUCUAGCUUGGAUGGAUCAUUUUACGUUUCUGGGAAACUGCCCACCUACCCCUCCCCUAAGCCAACAUUUUGCCCUAAGUGAGAAUUAAGUAUUAAUGUUAGCUUAGGGGAGGGAUAGGUGGGCAGUUUCCCAGAAACGUAUAAUGAUCCGAAAUUUGCUGUGGUCUACUAAGAUGUUCCAAACAAUAUUCGAUCAGUACAUUAUUAAUGGAAAGGCCAGGAGAAGUGGUUAGUGAUAAUGUGUUUAUCUCUUAUCAUGUAAUUAUCCCAAGUAAUUUUCAAGGAGGCUGUUUAUAUAGUACUAGAAUGACUUUCAUGAGUUUCGUUCCGGAAUGAAGUUCACAAUGAAAUACCAUAAAAUUCUAAAAAUAAGCCCCGGGGCUUAUAUUUUUCAAAGGUCCUUUCUGAGGGGAUUAUAUUUGGAGGGGCUUAUCUACGGAGCUAUGGAGGAAAAUUUGCCUUUCAAAUCAAUAGGGCUAGCCUUAUAGUUGGAAGUAAAUAUACCGUUUUUGCUUUGUUUUUCUUUGUAUAUGAGGGCAAUUUUCCAAGUACAGGCCCCCGGGGGGCUUAUAUUUGAAGGGGCGAUUUAACGGAGGGUUCUUUGCGUUACUGGUCUUGGGGGCUUAUAUAUGGAGGGGCUUAUAUAUGGAAAGGCUUAUUUUCGGAAUUUUAUGGUAGACCAAUUCAGCUUAAGGCAUUCUGGCUUGCACGGUUUUCGGGCCAGAUCACAUACACAUGGGCCACUUGCCCCGAACUACUCAAUUUGCUAUUUCCAAUCUGGAGCAAAGCUUUUUUUCAGCUUACAUUAUUGAUACUGGGGUAAAAUUUCACACCAGGAUUAGAAUUUAAUUCUGAUUGAAAGCAGGAAUGAACUUGUUCCAGAAUUAAAGUCAUUAUGGUAUCAUGUGAAUAGCCUCUAAGAAAAUGUAUGAAGAUUAGUCUGGAGAAUUUGCAUUUGGAUAUUAGGGCCUGCAUGACACGUUAGGUUUUUCCGAAUCAUUUCAACCCAAGAUUACACUGUAGGUAGCCUCAUGCAAAUAUUAAUACUAUCAUUAUUGUAUUUCAAGGCACUUCUCGGAAGAAGAAACGACAAACCUACAGACAGAUACUCUAGGCUGGAUAAAGAAAUUGAAAACUCAAAUCAGUCUUUUAUAACAGACCAACAGCAGCAGCAAGAGGUAAUACUACACUUUCAUAACCAUGGCCAAGUGAGCUCAGUUGGAUAAGCGCCAGUCUACUGAGCAGUAUAGUCUAGAUUAGCCCUGACCAUACUUCCAACCAAACUGCUAAUUCAUGGCGGCUCUGAUUAAGGCUAUAUGUUCUCACUAUACCGGAUACAUGUAGCUUUUGUGUUUGCACAAAAAUCAUACCAUACAGGGUUUCUUUUCACACAUAAGAAUCGUGAUUUCGUCAUGAUUUCUGUAACAAAGCUGCACUGAUCUCAAAAAUGGAGCAUUACAAAUUGGAUAGGUUCUAUGCUACACUUUGGUGCAGUGUGAACAAGUGUUCUGAGCAUAGCACAAGUGAAUAAGUAUGAAAAACGACUGGAACCCACUGAGACGGAAGCAAAUUACCAGGAGUGAGGACUGGGAUUUAGUUCACCAAACCCUCUUGGGCAACCGCUCCUGCACAAUGUUCAAUGUGUUUGAACAACUUGUUCCAGUUUUGUGCUGUCAUUGUUCAUACUAUGCAAGAGAGCUUUUUGAGUAGGUAUGAAAAGCUAUCCAGCAGAGUGUGAAAAUGGCCUAAGACCUUGACUCACAGUUACAGGUGAUCACAUCAUUGAGUGGUUAGCCAUUGGCCUUUUCUUCUUAAUGUGGAAUGCAACAGCACCCACACUUCCAUGGUGUGGCUUAUCUUCUUAUUGGUUGUUUAAGAAAGGAACUGUUCCUGUCCCUCAGUAAUUAGUACAAGCUGUUGAGGUGCCCCUGCCACAUCUGGCAAAGUUACCAGGGUUAUAAAGUUUAGUAAGAUUCAUUAACUGUCUCUGUUAGAAUGUUUGAAGUUAGUCAUUGCUGAUCCUAGUGUAAGUCGCUCUAUUCAGCACCCCUCUCCAAUGGAACUGCUUCAGGACUAUUUUAGGCUUUUCCUUUUCAAACCACUUUUUUUCUUUUGCACCAAAUUUAUUACUGUAAUCUGAGACAGAGAGAGGCUACAAAAAGGCCUGAGUUGGUACAAAUAGUUAUGGCGAGUCCAAACUCUGUAUUGCAGUUUACUGAAAUAAAAAUAUACUCCUUCUAUUGUAAAGCACAACAAAGACUAAAAGAAACAAAGCUUGUUUAACAACAGCCACAGUAACAGCCACAGAAAUCAAACAAACAGGAUACAUUGUUUAUUCUACAAAAACCAUCUUCAGAUCAAUCAAUCCAUCUUUGCGUCCUGUGGGAUACAUGCCACAAAUUAUUUUGCGUCUUUGGGGAUUUUUAUGCAUCAGGGAUCAAGGUUCUCCUUAUCAAGUAGUAACUGAUUAAAUUUACCACUUGAAGCAACACUUCUUACAACCUGCAGCAGCCUGAAGGUUUAAAGAAGUACUUUAAAAAAAUACACAAGUUGUGAUCCGAUCCAAUUCUCAUUUGCCACAAGGAAUAAAUAUACGUUCAGCUGAUUUGUGGAAAGUAGGUCUUGUAAUGAGGGAAUGACGUUUCAGAGAACUUAGCUCCUAAAUUUCCCAGCAAGGGUGGGACCAUGUUCCUCACUCCACUAUCCCGCUGUCACCAGGAAAGUGCACCUGUGGUGCAUAUUUUUUGCCUUACUGGCUAUGAAUGGUCCCUCACCUGCAGGGGCUGAGCUAAAACUUAGGGAGAACACUGCAGGGAUGCAGGACACAGAGGCAACAAAAUACUGUUUCAUCAGUAUCAUGUUGCUGUUUUGCCAUGUCGCUUUGCAUGUUACAUAGAAUGUUAUUGUUAUUAACAGAUUAUGUUGUUUUCUCUUGAUUUGUUUUAAGUUAAUGAUACAAGCACAAGAUGACCAAUUGGAUAUGGUAGGGCAUAGUGUUGGUGUGCUGAAGACAAUGGGAAAGAGAAUUGGUGAUGAAAUUGAAGAGCAAAAUUUGUAAGUUCUUUGCAAAGAAAGCAAAUUGUUUGUUUGUUGGCUUAUUUUUAGAGGGUAUUGCUAUGGAGUAAGUAAGAGUGAAGUGACUUCUUUCAUACAAAAGGAAAUGAAAAUAAAAAACAAUUCAAUAAUUUAAAGGAGCCUAAUUUGUGUAACUUACUAUGUGCUCUUAGGAACUGUAGUUGUCUUAAUUUGCCUUGUGGAGAUUGCAUUAUGGUUUGCGGUUUCUCAGGGCCCAGUUGUUCGAAGGUCGAUUAGAACAAAUCUUCUCAGUUUUGCUCAAAAGCAUUUUUUUGGAUACUUUUCUCCUAUCCUUUUAGAGCAUCCAAUCAUAAAAUUGUACACAAAAAGAAUUAUUGUGAAUUUACUUUUCAACCUUUUAUAUGCGUGAAUUCAGUUAACUCAGCUUGAACAACCCGGCUCUGUUGUGUAAAAACUUCAAAUGAUUUUAAAAUUCAAAGGUUUUAUAGAGAAUUUACAGACACUGUAAAUGUAUGAAAACAGGAGGCCAUGAAAACCUUUCCUUUGAAAUCAAACCCUACUUUUCUGUCACACAAGGCAAACCAAACAUUAAGUGAAUAAGUUGUUUUUCCAAGAACCAUUUUCUGUGGCAUUGCCGUUGUUGUUGAAGGGAGGUAGCUGCAAAAAUCUACUAAUAAGAAAACAUUGACACUGAAAAAGCUAAAACUGAUAUAUUUUCAACUCAAGUCUUAUGAUAGUUGAUCUGAAUCUUUUUAGAAUCUUAGACGAUUUUGGACAUGAAUUAGAAAUGACAGACUCUAAGUUGCAACAAACAGUUCUCAAAGUGGAAAAAGUUCUCAGACUGUCUGAUGGUAGGACACUUUUUUUUGCUUUAAUUCAUUAAAACCUUUAUUGCUCAUGACCACUCUUAUGCAACCACGAUUUUUUGGAAACCAGUUUUUAUUGUGUUAUUGCUAUCUGGUGGAUAGCACUAUCCAUCUUUUGACCAACCGGGGCCAGAUGAGAAAACAUGUUAAGCAGUUUCUUGACAGCAUGAGGUGAAAUGACAGUGAAAUGAGCUGUAAACCAAGAUCUUAGGCUGUUUAUUUUAAUCUGAUCAUGUUUACAUGAUAGGUGGGGUGACCUAUCCUGACGGGUUGCCCUGUCUGCCAGACCGGGUAACCCUCACAACCGGGGUCAAAUUUUCCCAUCAAAACGUUUCAAGGUGGGGUACUGGAACCCGCCUCGCCGGGAUUACAUCAAUUUCUUUGCACUAUUAAAAGUGAAAGCCUCAGCACUGAAAGGUCACAACAAAAGCAGCAACUGAGAGUUGAAGAGCGUCAACCGCCAAAACACGUCUUUUGCUUGGAUAAGCGGAUUACCUCACCAACCUGGGGUUCCCCACCUCCAUGUAAUCUGGCCGCACAUUUGCUUAGCUUGGCUAUCAGAAGCAGAAGUCAUUUUGGUAAAAAUGGUAACUUAGACGGAGGCUAUACAUUUCAACUGUACUUUCUGUUUGUUCCGUUGCAGAUAAGAGGCAAACCUGUGUACUUGUGGCAUUAAUUGUAAUCAUGAUCGUUGUUAUAAUUUUAUUCGUAGCGUUAUGAUUGAAAAGGCAUAAAUGUUUAGGUAUAUUUAUGUUCGCUUAAAAUCGGGAUCCAUUUCCAUUUAAAAGGGGCACUGAUCGAGCAAUGAAACUGAAACUGAGCUCUGAGUUCAAGGUUCAGUAUUUAGGUUCGCACUCCAAUAAAGCAGAGGUUAUUAGUUUUAUUUCUUUUCCUUUUUCUGUCAUUCUAAUGGCGAUAAUAUGGGACCUCUGAUAACAAAAACAGACGAAAGUAAUUGACACCCGCCAGUGACAAGUGCAAAGCCGUGGCCUUUCGAUCUUUUGACCGAAGCGUUAAAGUUCGAAACUCAACUUUUGGUUGAGUUCCAAAUUUAUUGCUUGUUACUGGCAACGUGCCCCCUUUUUUAAUCAUUUUGAGAGGUAAGACUAAAAAUUAUUUCAGUAUUUAAUUGAUACUUAGCAUACACAGUUUACAUCUCUCUGGAGUCAUGAUUUAACAAAAUUUUACAUGUACAAACCGUAACAAUGGAAGUGUCACUUUAAUAUGUAUACACCUGAUUAAAAAAACGUCGUUUAAAAAUUAUAAACAAUAUGAACCAUAGGACCUAAUGGAUUUAUGUGUAGAACUUUAUUAGCAUUGCAGAUUUAAAGUUCUUUCCAGAAAAGUUUACGUUACUGAAGCUUUUCGCGACGAUCCAUUCCGAAGAAAGGUCAGACAAUUCCCAGUUUUCUUGGUGAUAAGCCCACAACCUCAAAAGUGUAGCGCAGGGCACAUCAGAGAUCUCUACAGUUAAACAGCGUAGCCAUCUUGGUAACGCUCGCUUGAAAAUCAUAACAUAGGACCUAAAAGCUGUCUUGGAAGACAAAAAAAGACAACGGCAUGCCUUAAACAAAGUAGUCUAGGGAUUUGCAUCCGCACGAGCACCUCGUAACAGUGUAAAAUUUUUUGAAAGAACUUCGAAUUUGCUUUGCUAAUGAACUUAUGCCCAUCAAUCCUGGAAGCCUCAUCGGUCAUGGUUUACACUUUUUAAGCGACAACCUUUUUUCAAUCAUGUAUACAAGGCUAUGUUCACGUUAUACCGGAUAGAUUUUGCGCGGGCAUGAAAACCAUACCGUGAUAUUGUUUCUGUUCAGACAUAACGGUUAUUUUGGCGCGAUUUUUGUGACGGAGAGAAGCUGCGUCCCGCCGAUCUCUAAAGUGGAGAGUCACAUAUAGAAAAGGUAUUCACACCAUAGCGGAAAGCUUUUGGUGACAGCAUGAAAAGCUGUCCGCUAUAGUAUGAACAUAUCCUAAGACGAACACUUCCGUAGCCAUGAUUUAUGUGACAAAAUUACCGUCUUUAACUUACAAUUGAAAAAUGUUAAAGAAAUUCAGGGGUUUCAAUAAACACCGACGCCCGAAGAAACUCGUCGGCUACUUUGCUCAGAGAAGUCGGCUACCUUUUUUUCUAGAAAGAAAAAGCAACUGGUGGGAAUAACGUCUUAAACAAAAAAUUAAUCAUAAAAUCUGAAUGAAAACGUAAUUAUAAUGUUUUCAUAAAGGCCCACUGGUUUAUGCUUUAGUCAUGUGAACGCUAUAUUUUAGUCAUGUUUUCACAAGUUUUUGUAUAGGUUUACGCAGAAUUUGUUUACGCGCGAAAGUGCGUAAAUUAUCUAGUUUUUAUUAUUUGUUCAGGAAUUGAUUGUGUGGCGGAUAGUUCGAAAGUUGAAUGAAAGCUAUAUUUCUUGAAUGAAAAA